AAGAACAUGAUCUUAUAUCAUUUCUUCAAACCCAAACAAACAAACAAACAAACAUGAAAUUCAACUACUCAAUUUUCAUAUUCAAUCUUCUCAUUUUGCAACAUCUAUCAACCCUUUGCCUUUCUCAAGACUUCGAUUUCUUCUACUUUGUUCAACAGUGGCCGGGAGCAUAUUGUGAUACAAAGAGACAACAUUGUUGCUAUCCAGAAACAGGAAGGCCUGCUGCAGAUUUUGGGAUCCAUGGUCUUUGGCCUAAUUACAAAGAUGGAUCCUAUCCAUCCAAUUGCGAUCCCGAUAGCGUUUUUGAUCGAACUCAGAUCUCAGAAGUGUUAAGCAGCAUGGACAAACACUGGCCAUCGUUAAGUUGUCCAAGCAGCAAUGGGCUAAGGUUUUGGUCACACGAGUGGGAGAAACACGGGACGUGUUCUGAGUCGGAACUCGACCAGAAGGAAUAUUUCGAAGCGGCUAUUAAACUGAAGGAGAAGGCCAAUCUCCUUAAGGUUCUUAAUAGUGCAGGAAUUGAAGCAAAUGAUGAGAUGUAUAGUUUAGAGAGUGUGAAAAAUGCAAUAGAAGAAGGGAUUGGAUUUACUCCUGGGAUUGAAUGUAACAGAGAUUCAGCUGGGAAUGCUCAACUUUACCAAGUUUAUUUAUGUGUUGAUACUUCGGGUUCUGAGUUCAUCAAAUGCCCAAUUCUUCCCAGGACUAAAUGUGCUUCCACCAUUCAAUUCCCUAAGUUUUAAUUUAAUCACUUGUAAUUUCAUUCCCCUAAUUAUUGUUUAUGUUCAGCUUUGAUUGCUAAUAAAAUUAAUUGAUUACUUUGAUUCA